GCAACCCUAAACGAAUCCCAAAUCCGCCAUGGUUGACGAUUCAAAGCUUCCGCUGCAAAGCGGCAACAACGCAAACAUCAACGCCUCGACGACCAUAAAAGAGACUUACCAAAAGAAAACCCAAUUAGAGCACAUCCUCCUACGGCCGGACACCUACAUCGGUUCGAUCGAGCAACACACCCAAAAGCUAUGGGUUUACGAGAACGACGAAAUGAUUCACCGCGAAAUCAAAUACGUUCCGGGACUUUACAAGAUCUUCGACGAGAUCUUAGUGAAUGCCGCCGACAACAAGCAGCAGGAUCCGUCUAUGGAUUGCAUUAAAGUGGUCAUCGACGCGGAGCAGAACGUGAUAUCCGUUUACAACAAUGGAGAUGGAGUACCGGUCGAGAUUCAUCAGGAGGAAAAGGUUUAUGUGUCGGAGUUGAUCUUUGGCCACUUGUUAACUAGCAGUAAUUACGACGAUAAUCAUAAGAAGACGACGGGUGGGAGAAAUGGGUAAGGUGCGAAGCUUACCAAUAUAUUU